AUGUCGCCCUCGACCUCUCCCCCUUCCCCCGCUCCCCCGCCUCCUCGUCCCUCGUCCUCGACGACCCGCGCACCGUUCUACAAGCUCUCGUCCCUCUCCGAGCUCGAACUCGCCAACCUCUCGCUCGCCGACAUGUUCACCGGGUACCGCCCGUCGGCCAUCGACGACGCCGACCUCGACGACGACGACGAGGCGUGCGACUUCCCGACCCUGACGCUCGGCGAGUCGGUCGUCGAGGAGGCCGAGCACCGCUUCCACGAGCGCGCGCACGAGGCGCUCGUGUUCGCCGCGACCCCAAACGGCUCGAGGAACGCCUCGGCGGCGCCGUCGGCCCUGUCGUCGCCCACCCGCACGGGCUUCUUCUCGCCCAACUCGACCUCGUCGUCGUCGUCGCGCGCCUCGCUGUCGCCCUCGGCGCCGACCCGCAUGCGGCCCCGUCCGGCGUACGCCCCGAGCGAGGCGGCCGACCCGUCCUACUUUGCCCUCUCGCGCGCGUCGCUCUACUCGGACGGCGACUCGUCCUUCUCGGGCUCGUCGGCGACGACGCCCUCGCUGUGGAGCGCCUACUCGCCGUCGCUCAGCGGCGCCUCGAGCGCCUUCACCGGCACGCCCGCCGACAGCGUCGCGUGCUCGCCGCUCGGCCCGCGCUCGCCGGCCAACGGCCUCGCCGUGCCCUCGUCCGCCAGGAAGGCCGCACCGGCACCUCCCCUGUCGCUCGCGCUCGCGCAGCUCGACCUCGGCGCGGCGCCGGCCGUCGAGCCGCAGCCGCAGGACGACGACGCGGCGGUCGCGCCCAAGACGGCGACGAUUGCCGCCCGGCGCAGCGGCGUGAGCGCGCUCAAGCUGUCGCUGUCGCUCCCGCCCCUGCGCACGUCGACGAGCUUCUCGUCGCUGCGCGUCCAGGGCGGCAGCAAGUCGCCGGCGGCGCCCGCCACCCUGAGCCACCUCUCGGCGCCAUCGUCGCCGUCGCGGGUCGGCCGCAGCGGCGCCAGGUCGUCGUGGGUGCGCGACCUCGAGGUGCGUGCGGCGGACGUGCAGGACGGGGUGCGGCUCAAGAAGAACCGCAGCACCGGGUUCGCGUUUUGA